GUGAACAACGAAGCGUUAAACUUAGUCUCGAUAGGUUUACAAUUUAAAAAAAAAAUUAACAGUUAAUCAUCUGCAUUUGUGGGUUUGGGGUUAUCCACAAAAAUGAGCGAGAACCACGAAGGAGAGCAGCGGGAGCAAUGCGAAGAGGCCAGGUUUGUGGAUGAAAACUAUGCAGACCUUAUUCAAAACGUUACUCCAGUGAUGCCAAUAGCAGAUGAACUAUACAACAAGGGCAUGAUACAUGCUGAAAAAUAUGCAGAGAUCAAAGCAGAAAAAAUAGACCAGGAAAAAAUGAGAAAAAUUUUGGAAUCAUUAAAGUCUGACAACUUCAAAACCGCCUUUUAUUAUUUGCUGGAAAAACAUGCAAAACACCUCUUCAAUGACCUGGGUGGUGUCAGCAGGAAACGCAAGCUUGCUGAUCCUGAAUGCUCAGUACCAUGUAAAAGACUUAAUACUGAGAGUAUAAAACAAGACAGCCCUAACUAUAACAAUGCUAGUAACUCAGCACCAAGACCAGCACCAACAUACAUUGUGACCAACAUAGUAAAUGAAAGACCUCAUAACCUGGACAAUAUUACCAACAUAAAUGAAAUGAUUGCCAAAAAAGAGAAGAAGCCUCCCGCACCCAAGGCGGCGAAGAAGCCUCCCGCACCCAAGGCGGCGAAGAAACCUCCCGCACCCAAGGCGGCGAAGAAACCUCCCGCACCCAAGAAAGCGAAAUAACCUCCCGCACCCAAGAAAGCGAAAUAACCUCCCGCACCCAUGAAAGCGAAGUAACCUCCCGCACCCAAGAAAGCGAAGAAACCUUCCACACCCAUGAAAGCGAAGUAACCUCCCGCACCCAAGAAAGCGAA